UUUCUUCCUCUCUCUCGCACUGUUUCUUCUGCUUCACAUACUACUCUUUCCUCUUCCUGCAUUAUCGUUCUCUGUUUUUUUUUUGGAUAAAUGGAUGCUCCAGGCUCAUCGAAACGUCAAGACUAUCAAUAUCAACACCAUUCAUCAUCGUCCAAUGAAGGAGAUCUUCCACAACCUAUCUUACCCUGGGUAUUAUCAUCAGGUAGCGGUAACGGUGGGAAUGUUGAUCGACACUCGGCAGUAAGCACGCUGUCCCGCAGCUCGGUGGAUACAACUGCAGCCGGGAGUGUCCACUUGGUGAAGCGUAACAUUCAAGAUCCUACAGUAAAACGAAAAAUGCGAUGGUCUUCAUUCAAGUGGUGGAUCCUGAUGACCAAUUCAUUGUUUGAGAUCUCUAAUACUUAUAAAAAGAAAAGCUACUAACUUAUAACAUAUAAUAUAGCUAUUCUGUUACGGAUUGGGCAUUUUACUCUUGGCAUUGCUUACAUUUUUCAAAU